UCCUUCUAAUCUUCCCUGUAUAGGACUAUAAGCAGUAAACGCAAGUCAUGGAGUCUUCCCUGCACUCUAAAAAAGCUCAGGGAAGCAAAACGCACACACCUAUCGAGGUGCACCCCCGAGCAGAUGCCAUUCGCUCUAAGCUGAUCUAUACUUUCUACCUGAUUGAUCACCUGCGGGGCCUGAGUCAUGCUGUGCCCCGCCACAACAUACAAGAUUUCCUAGACCCCAGGAAAAGGAAGAAGCUCAUGCUCACAGACCACCACCAGCUGGUUCGGUUUAAUGUGUUUCCUGACCGGAAUAUGAUGGUCACUCAAGAGAAACGCUGGCGCAACCGUAUUGAGGUACGCUGCAGUCACUGGCCCCCAUUUGCCUUGUGGGCUUCUUGGCUCCUGAACACCAAAAUGUUCAAUCAUUUCAUCAUCUUCCUCAUUGUUUUAAAUAUGGUGGUGCUCAUGAUUUCAUCAGAAAUAGUGGAGAGGAAGGAAAGCCACUUUGUAAAACUGAAUAUAACAGUGGAGGUGAUUGUUUGGGUCAUUGUGCUGGUCUUUUGGGGUGAGAUUAUACUUCAUUGGACUGUCAGUUUUCAGCAAUACUGGACAAACCCUUGGAAUGUCUAUGACUUCACAGUCACCUUCAUAUCCUUUGUCCCUGAGUUUUUUUACAUGUUAUACAAGACCCACAGCCCAACAGCCAUGAGGCUUCAGCAGGUUUGUCGUGUGUUACGCUGCUUAAAGCUUUUCUCCAGAAUCCAACAGAUCAGGGUCCUCAUCAUGUCCAUUGCCAAAGCACUGAAAGCCAUGACCUUCAUCCUUGUGCUCCUACUCUUCUUCUUCUAUGUCUUUACAGUAUCGGGCAUUUUCUUCUUUGAAACAUUUAGUCGCUCAGACCUAGAAGGCCUUGAGUACACGAUGUAUUUUUCAGACAUACCAAAUUCCCUUGUGACAAUUUUCAUUCUCUUCACCAUGGAUCACUGGUAUGCACUGUUGCAGGACAUGUGGAAAGUCCCAGAGGUAAACAAGGUUGUCAGUGGUGUCUUUAUCUGUGUGUGGCUUCUCAUUGGGGCAUUCAUCUUCAGGGACAUCCUUGUGGCUAGCAUGGUCACUAAUUUCCAGAACAUUCGAGGUAACCUUACUGAGGAAGCUAAGGAGAUUGAGAGCCAGAAACAAGCGAACGAAUUUAAGUUGGAGCUCAUGGAAAUGAGAUACAAUCAAUACCAGGGACAAUCCUAUAAGGGCAAUAUAUUACCAGAAAAGACGAGCACAGAGUCAGGAUCAGCAAUUCCAUCUGGAGAGGAUCCGGAGUGCAGUUUACAUGACUUUCACACUGGGCGAUUGGAUUGGGAGUCCUAUGUACACAGGAACCUGCCAGGUCUAUAUGACGCUGAUGAGUCUGAGAAAGUAGUUUGGCCUCAAGAUACACUCUUCCGCUACUUUGAGCUGCUGGAGAAGCUGCAAUACAACCUGGAUGAGCGGCGACAACUUCAGGACUAUGCUGUGUUAGCUUUAUCAAACCUUGAAGAUAAAUAGAAGGAAUAUUGGAUGUACCAACAUGUCUUUCAUAACCAAUAAGAAAGCCAUACUUUGUUGUGUUCACCUGAUCCUACCCCAUCACCAUUCAGCUGCACUCCUGUUGAAUAAAACAUGGCUGUUCUAUAAGGUGGAAUAAGACCAUUUAAUAAAGUUUUUUUUCUAAUAA